AUGGGAUUCGACCUAGAAAGAGCAGAUAAGUCAAUCACGUACCUCGCCAUCAACAACAACGAAAUGCCAAAUAGUCAUAGCAAUUCUUUCAAUGGGACUUAUCCAGCCAAGUUAGAGGAUCAAACGAGGUUGAAAGAGUUAGAUGACCAGGAUCAACUUCUGGAGAAACAGAAGCAGAAUGGGUUAGAUGUAGAUAACGAUACACAUAUCCAUAUCUUAGCGGGUAAUACGGACUUCUCUUUACCUAAUGCUUAUGUUCAAGGUACUGCACCUCCCCUUACUGCAAGACCUUAUCAACUCUCCAAAGGUUAUUCCCAUCUCGUCGAAUCGCCAGAUAAAUAUAGGGAAGUGAUCAUUGAGAAAGUCGGUAAAUUGCAAUCAACAUUACCUCAACUCGGUUCAGAUGAUCUCCGACAAGCUAGAGCCGAUUUCGUCUAUCUCAAGUCCAUCUUGGAUGACGAAGGUGUCGAUAUUGCGCAGAUCAAGGCUGGCGCGAAUUGGGCGAGUAGGGAGUGA